AGGUACAGUAAAGUAAAGUGAAUGCAAAGGAACAAGUGACUCGUUUGUUGAUAAUUGUGGACUAUAUAAAUGUUAAGUGAUGAAGUUACACCAUAACGCUGACUGAAUCCAGUUAAGAACUGGAUUGCGCCGACAGAAAUGGAUAGAGAUACGAAAUAUUUAUUACGAAGGAUUGUAAUUGACAUUCUGUGCUUAUUUACAGUUGGUUUUCCAAUUCUUCUGUUCUACUAUUUUGGAAAACCCUUCGAGAGGGGCUUCUACUGUGAUGAUGAGUCUCUCAAAUAUCCGUUUAAGCCAUCAACCGUUACUAGUCCGAUGCUAUACUUGGUGGGAAUGUUUUUGCCUAUUACUUCGUUUGUUGUUACUGAAUUCAUACACUAUAGACAGUCAAAUGGACAAGUGGCAAGAACAUUCUAUGGAAGAGCAAUUCCACCCUGGAUUUGGUCAUCAUAUAAAACGAUAGGAGUGUUUGGAUUUGGAGUUGCAUGUUCCCACUUGACAACAGACAUCGCAAAAUAUGUUAUAGGACGUCUGCGGCCGCAUUUCUUUGCUGUAUGUGUGCCAAAUAUUACCUGUACAGAGCCAAAAAAUAUGCACAAAUACAUUGAGGAAUUUACUUGCACUGGUGACCACCCAGAGUUAUUCAAAGAAGUCAGGUUGUCUUUUCCAUCAGGACAUUCUUCAUUUUCAGCAUAUACAAUGAUAUAUUUAGUAUUGUACCUGCAAGCCCGGAUGACAUGGAAAGGCUCCAAACUUUUGAAACACUUCUGUCAGUACAUUUGUUUAUUAAUAGCCGUGGGCACAGCCUUGUCUCGCGUUUCUGACUAUAAACAUCACUGGAGUGAUGUACUUGCUGGGUUUCUUCAGGGAGCUGUUUUUGCAGUGUCUGUGGUGCUGUUCAUUUCUGACUUGUUUCCAGUGAAACGCAAUCCAGCACUUCCUGUGCCAGAUAUGGAUACAGAUCCUCCAAGCCAUACAGGUAAUGGAAAUACUAACCAAAUAUGUUGAAUCACAAGUUUUGCAGCCAGCGUUUCUCUGUAAUAUUACCAAAACAAAACUGCCAAUUACACAUGUACAUUUGAAGGAAGCUUUAAAAUAGUAAAUACUGUCGAGAAAUGUUGUAAGAUAUUUGUUACAUUUUUUUUUUUUUUUUUUUUUUUUUUUAUCAGGAUACAGGUAUCUCCAUAUGUAAUGGUGGAAUUUUUAUAUGAGGGUAUGUGGUUACAUUUGGCUGGCACUAAUACAAAUUGUUGACACCAAGCCUGAAUAUAUUUUGUAAUUUUAUAUAUAGAAGCAAAUUUAAAAUGGUAAUAUUCAGUGUAAGAAUCAGUAUGUGCAUUUUUAUCACACUAAAACAAUACCAACUAAUGCAACUGAACUCUCAGUACAUUAAUAUAUAUUUGAGACUAGCUGCUGGCCUUUAUCUUAGUGCUGAAUGAUAUUCUGUACUUUUUACUUUAAAAGAGUGUAUGUAUUCUUAGUAUACUUUAUUUUAUAAUUUGUAGAAAGAUGACUAAGUCUGAAUUCAUUAAUGUUGUUUUUGUUUGUGCUAGUAAGUAAAUUCUCAAAUUUAUUUGUUAGAAGUGAAACACAUUAAUUAUCACAAUGGUUGAUGUCAUCUUGUAACAGUAGUGCACAGUGAUAUAAUAUUUUCUGAAAUUCUUUUAACAAAUAAUCUUUGAGAAUUUUUGUGAUUUAAAAAAAAAAAAAACUUUGAGAAUUUUUGUGAGGUUUUGCAGUGUUCAGGUGUUCAGUAGGAGAGAGUUUUGUGCUUCCUGUUUACUGAGCUCAGUUUUAGUUUUCAAAUUCUUCAUUUGAUAGUUUUACCAAUUAUCUUACUGCAGAAAAAUACAUCCCAGUCACAAAGGCUAAAAUAAAGGAUUAAUUGAAGUGCACUAACUUAUCGAAAGUGCCUUUUACUAUCAGUGGUGUGUAAACUUAUCUUUAGGUCCAUUAUUGUUAUUAAAAGAAAUUGUCCUUACCUAAUUUUAAGUUAUGAGAAAGUUCCAUUCUCACCAUAAACAAUGAAUGAGAAAAGCCAUGGCAAAUUGUUUGUCACUGAUAUCACUAGAAUAAAACUUGCAGUGCCUAGUAAAGAUGUAAUUAAUUGUAUAAGCAAAUGCUAAUAGAAAGUAUUUCUGUAGGAAAGUCUGUAUUAGAUCUAGUACAAACGGACCAAUUUCUGUUUCAGUUCAAGAAUGACAAUAAGUAUUUCUUUUUCAUGUACAAGAAUAGUUGUCAGCUCUUGUAACUAUUUGAUUACUGAACAUGUUAAUUAAUGUUCUCUUUUUUUAUCUUUCAUUAUUUCUUGCUCCUGUUUUUUCAGGAAAUGUUUCAGUGAAAGUAAUAUGAGACGUCUGAUUAUUGUCUUCAAAAUGACUUACUAUGAAUUAGCAGUGGGCUUCCAAAAUCGUAUGAAAGGCUACAUAUAUGUACAUUGUCAGUUCAAUGGGAAUAGAGAAUUACCAAUGCUACAACAGCAAUAAAAAUAUAUGGGAAGAGCAUAUGUAUGAACAGGUGAAACAAUGAUCUGGCUGCAAUAUCAAAAGUGAGACACACACACACACACACACACACACACACACACACACACACACACACACACACACAAAAGCAAUCAGUGAAUCUUGAGCUUGAUAACUGGAGGUGUCUUCCUGAAAAAUCUUCAGACUUUUUCUGAAGGAGGAGCAACGUUGGGAGUGUAUGAAAUAGAUUGUGUCACUCAGACUACUGUGCCGAAGACUUCCAGAAAGUGCUUCCCCAUUGCAUGUCCUAACUCCUUGGCUUUUAUAACAAUUAUGUUUUCUUACAUUUUGCAGAAGAUACUUUCUACCCUAAAGCUCAAGAUUUUAUUAUUUUAACAAAUGCAGUGGAUCUGUAUAGUUUUUUUAAUUGUUAUUAGACUCCAUUUGGCUUAACUGUUUCUUAUUAUGAAUACAAUAUGUUGAACUUCAAUGUUAAUACAGGAUAUAUAUCUUCACCAUGUAUCUUUGUCAUAUUGCAUAUGUUGGUAGCAACUUUUAAGUUUCAUCCACAAAAGAAACUACUGUCUAGUUCAGAUCAUUCUGUUCUGUCUAGUGAUUUACUUCCACAACAGCUUUUUAUAGAACUACAUAAUAAUUCUAAGAGCAUUUGUUGCAAACUGUUAUAAAAUGUAGUGCAUUUUCUUCCAAUUUGUGACAGAAGCAGUACAGAUUAUUAUUAUUAUUAUUAUUGUCAUCUUAUUUAGGGAUAAUUUUGGGCAAUUAAUAUAGAAUUACCAAAUAUAAAAGAGCAAUUGUACCAGCAGGCUCAGAGAAAAGUACAAGUGAAAUUGGUUACAAGUUCCAUCCAUCCUCGUGACACUCUUGUUUUUCUCUUGCAGCUCCCAUAGUUGCAUGAAAACUAGGUCAGUGGUAGAAUUCAGUAUUAAGCAACCUAGAGAGAAAAUGAUUGCAAAGAUCAUUCGAUUUUAUGUGUAAAUUUUAUUACAGAGUAGCCAUAUGUGACUGUGUGAUAAGUAUUAUUAAAAUGGUGACGGAAGUGACUACUGUGAACUGAUAGAUACACCAGAAUUGCAAUGUUUUGGUGUUGUAUGUACGUAUAAUACAAAAGACAUCUUUGUACAGAAGAAUAUACUAAGUUUUAUAUAAUAUUUUAAUUUCAUCCAGUUAGCUUUUUCAAAUUUUUGGUGGUGAAAGUUUAGUUAUUGCAAAAUGAUGUCACUUUUCAGCUCUUAUCUCAGUGUAGUUCAUUGGAUAUCAGUAUGAAUAACUUUUAUAUUUUCAUAUUUCUUCUGAAAUUUAUUUUCUAUGCUAUACUUGAACCACUGCCAUGUCAUCUUUUACAUCAUACUCAAGUCUUUCUGAGGUGAGAUAGUAACUGAAAUUACACUUUGUAUUGCUAGAGUAAAAGUAUGUUUUAUUGUAUUUUAUUUGAUAGAUAUUCAACAUUUCAUUCAGGCUCUUUCUCAUAGUGUCAUUAACUGUUUCAACAUUAUGUGGGUUGUUGCACUAUGAAACACUUCCAACAUCAUUGUACUGUACUUAAAAAGCUCACUGGCAGACUUUUGGCAUGUGAAACUCUUUUGCUAUGUUCAGGUAAAAUAUAUAUAUAAAUUGGUUUAUUUUUAUACAUUGCUAUCACUGCUGUAUUGAAGUUGGUCAGCCACAUCGAAAUAAGAUUGUGAAGGAACAGUGCUAUUUUCUGACUUUUGUUUCAGUCUGUUAUAUUGUUUUUGCCUAGCAAAAACUUUCCAAUUGGUUUUUGUAUGUAGCUUGUAACAAUUUCAGACUUAACAGCUGUGUUUCCUGUUGUGAGUAAAAAAUUCAUUCGGUUUGCUGUAAAUAUUUCUUCACAUUUGAGAUACUUACGUGGUCAUACUGUGCAUUGUCAUAGUUAUGUUCACUCAUAUUCAUUUGAGUUACUUGAUGUCUUAACAGCAUACACAGAAUGAAGAAAGAACACUGUUGAUUGUGGUCACAUGCGUUGAGCCUGUAUGUGAUUUAUUUAUGUAAAUAUAAAUUGUCAGAUGCAGUAAUUUCCUAAUGACAAACUUUUUAUUCAUGUGUAGCUUAAAUACAAAAUGUAAUUGUGAGAUAUGUUAGUAACAUAAAGUAAUUGUAAUAACUGUUUAAUUUUAGUGUAAUUCAGAUCAGAAUUUAUUCUAUAAAAAAGCACUUAUUGUAAAAUAAAAUUUGAGGAAAAUCUGUUGAAGGACAGUUUUGUGUUACAUACACUCUUUAACAGUAAUGUAAUAGUAUUAACCAUACUUACGAUUAACAUAUGGCUAUUUUUAAAAUAAUUCAAUGACAGGGUAAAAUAUAAUUUCUGUAUUGCUUUAAACACAUAACAAACAUGUUCCUAAAUGUUUAUUUACUUUUUUUUUACUAGUGACAGAGAGAGAAAUUAAGUAAGCAACAGUUCAUAUUUCAGGAAGUAAAGUUGCUGGCUUUUGUAAGCUCUACGUGUAUCUCCAUUUUGUGGCAUUCUUUUUUAAUUUAUUGUUAAUAUGGCAAUAUCCUCCAGGUGCCCUCCAACAUGUAGGUACAGGUUUGGUGGAGUAUUUAUAUGUUACAAGUUUUAUUGCUACAUAGACUUCUCUGUUAUUAUUUCGAUGAUUAGUAGUGUUUAUUGUUAAAUGUUCACCAUCUUGUGACAUAAACACAAAGUAACAUGGGAUUCCAUUUGCUGAAGUAUUAUCUAAUUAAGUAAACAACGUUUUUUUGUAAAGAAUUUUUUAUUAGUAUAGAUCUCUUCUUAAUAUGUUAGAACUACUUUAAAUGUCUUUUAAGUAACUGUUAGUAUUACAAAUGACUGAUUAGGGUGUUUGGUUGUGAAUUGUAGCGUUCUAACAUCUUCAGCAGCCUAAUUCAGAUGCCAGUUAUUUAAAUAAUUCACACUAUGUAGAACUGAAAAUAUUUUAUGAUGGUCUGAUUAUCCUGUACAAUUGUGCUGGUACAACUAUUUCACUAUUAAUAAGUUUUCUUAACAUUUUUUUAAUGAUCAUUAUAAGUUAUUUUAUAUUUAUAACAGGUGUAGUGUAUGGUGUUAUAUCUUGUCACUUUUAUGUGACAUACCUUUUUAUGUUAAUAACUGUGAAUGACCGUUAUCAGAUAAUGAACUGCAAUAAUCCAGGAUACUGCGAAAGUAUAUUAACUGUAACUUAAGUGCCGCUUUUCUGCAAGCAGUGGUGCUCUCUUCAGAAUUUUUUAAUAAUGUAGGCAAUUGUCGUAUGUUUUUAGUUCUUUUUAAUGAAGAAAGACACACAUUAUGAUUGAAAGUAUGUUUUAUAAGAUAUUGCCUAUCUAGCAUUUCAGUAAGUAACAGUAACUAAACAAACAGAUAGAAGCACUUUCAUUCACUUAUAAAUUUCUAGUAGGUUAGCUUGUUGAUGAACUUAUAUAUGAAUUAAUUUUACAGAAAACUGAACCAUCUGUUCUAGUCUGAAACUGUGUGUGUGUAUAAAUAUAUUAUUAUUGUACACAAAGAGUGGUUGUUGUGAAAAAAUAAUGACUUAGAAAUUACAAUUAUUGUGCUUUGAAGUGGACAAGGAAAACCAUUUGACUUCCAUGUAGUGUAUUACUAGUUUUUGUAAAAGAAAGUUCUAUUCAGACUGUUAUAUCUUGUUCAAUAAAUUCUUCAUUAUUUAGAA